UUUGAUCAGGGUUUCGGGGGUAUGAAAGGUGAAUUGCCCAUCAGUUGUGGUCAAUCUGGAAAGACAGUCAUGAACCCUACGUCUUUUGCUAAGUCUAUGGAAGCUUUUAGAGAGAAACUCAACGUGAUGAAAGCCAAUGUUUCAGGUGUGAAUUGUGAAGACUUAACCCCUUUGUUUCACGAGGAAAUUUUGACUCCGGCGGCUGCCCUAAACUUGUUAAAGUCGAGAUGGUCCAAUAUUGUGGAAAAAGAGGGUAGUGAGGAAGCUUUUAUCAACCGAUUUAGGAAUUUACCUGAUAACUUGAUUAUAGCUAGGACUAGGAAUAUGGUUUCCAAUCUGGAUGAAUCGGAGAUUGUAUAUGAGGACAUAACAUCUCAGAAGCUUUUCAGAUCCUGAAAUGGGCAUGGAUAGGGUGAGCCCUAUGGCUAGGAGUUCGAGUCAUCGAGAAGAUCUGGGGGUGAGAAAUAUUUUUCCUCAGAUGGAUGGACGUACUGGUCUGCAACAGGCGAUACGAGGUGGAAGGGGUGGAAGAGGUGUUGGGCAAUGAACUGGGUUCUUGGUAAAUCAAAGCGAGCAAGGGAAGGAUAAUGACGCUGCCAACUCUGUCCCAGUGGCGAACCCAGUUGUGCCGGAGAAGAAGACUUGGGCCUCGGUGGUAGCUACAAAUCAAAGAUCUACUGUGAAACUAAGAUUAAUUCUAUGGCUACAAUUCCACAAUUCACGCGUCAAUCAUUGAACGAUAAUACUACAACUAACAAAAGUGACUAUCUUUGGUAUUCACUAAGGAGAGAGAAUGCCAAUUUGAGAUUGAUAUAAAAAGGGCACAAGGGUUAGAAGUCAAACAAAUGCUGAAGGAUGGGAACUGCCUCUUUCGUGCUGUUGCAAAUCAACUAUAUGGGGACUCUGAUACAUAUGAUUUGGUUAGACAAAUGUGCAUUGAUUAUAAAUUUAUAUG